AUGAUUGCCAAAACCUUCCUCCUGCUCACCAUCACCUCCUUCGCCGGCGCAGACGACAUUCUUCCCCUUCGCCAAACACAGGCCGCCGGAGUUAGAGGGAAGCUCCUGUGUUUAGGGAAACCCGCGAAGGGAGUUAUGGUCGAGCUCGCGAAUCACAACACGAUUAAGUUUUUUUUAAUUUAAAUUACCUAGAUUCUUAUUUUACAACCCUUUGCAGGCAAAAUUUUAACUAGAAAAAAUGAAUUUUUAUGUUUUAGUUAUUGAUGACGGAAUGGAUCAGAUGGUAACCAACAAAACCGGUAUCUUUCAACUGCACGGACAUGCCAAUGAGCUUUUGAUUGGGAACAUCGACCCCCAACUCAAAAUCUACCAUGAAUGUGAUGAUAAAUUUGUGAGUAUUUCUUUAUCGAAAACAGCGAAAAAAUCCGAAUUAAUUUCUAGUGGUGCGAGCGCAUGAUCAGGAUCAAUAUUCCACAGAAUUAUGUCUACAAUGGCUAUCGCGCGAAGCGUUUUUACGAUAUCGGAACGAUCGAAUUGUCUUCAAGAUUAGGUGGAUUCGAGAAACAAGAGAGAGUCUGCUUCCACUAG